AUGGCUUCAAGCACAGCGCCUCCUCGCGCCCAGACAUUAUCGACACUACUUCAUAGUCUUUAUUCAUGUCUCAACAAUGCCCCGUCCUCCCUCCCGGCCUUACGGAAAGAGGCGCCCUCGGACGUUUCGAUUGAGCCUGCCCAAGAUGGCAUCUCCCUUCUCGAUACCAAGAGCGAAAUCCUGCUAUCCUAUCUGCAUAAUCUUGUAUUCUUGAUCAUUCUUCAACUGCGACAAACAUCUCUGGGUUCCGGUUUUGGUGAACGGGACAAUGCGAUUGAUGUCUCUCUGCGCGAUGAGGCUGUGAAAAAACUAGUUGAGCUUCGGGUCUUCCUGGAUCGCGGUGUGCGACCGUUAGAAAGCCGUCUGAAGUAUCAAAUCGACAAGGUCAUCAAGGCGGCAGAAAAUGCGGAGCGGAUGGAAGGCCCUGCAUCGUUGCCUGGGUCGAAGAAGACCAGCAAGGCCCAUGGGACAAAGACCGAAGGCUCCUCAGAUGAUGACGAUGCGAGUAGUAGCGGUCAUGAGAGUAGCGAUGAAGACGAGGAAAAUAUGGACGAAAUGUCGUAUCGACCGAAUGUUGCGGCAUUCUCGAAAGCGAAGGUCGACCAGAAGCAGCCUCAAUCCAAGUCGGCCCGGGAAGAGCCCAGCGACGGCAUCUAUCGGCCGCCGAAGAUCAUGCCCACUGCCUUACCCACCACCGAGCGUCGUGAACGGGAGGACCGUCGACCCCGCAGGUCGAAUGUCAUCGAUGAAUUUGUUAGCGCCGAAAUGUCUGCGGCGCCGAUGGCUGAGCCCAGCAUCGGUAGUACCAUUCUCGCUGGUGGUCGACAAACCAAGUCCAAGAAGGACCGAGAGCGUGAAGCGGAACGGACUCGCUAUGAAGAAACAAAUUUCGUGCGUCUGCCGAAAGAGACUAAGAAGGAACUGGCGAAACAAGGCCGCGGCCGCGACACCACGUUUGGCGGCGACGAAUGGAAGGGACUCACGGAGGGAGCCGAUCGCAUCGAGCGGCUUACACGCCGAGGGAAAAAUAGCGGUGCUGUUCUGGACAAGAGUCGCAAACGAAAGGCAAACGAAGAUGGACAACGCAGUGACGGGGUCGGUAUGGGCGAGAUCUUCGACAAACGACGGAAGAAGAUUGAAAGUUGGAAGCGAUAG